GAACAAGAACAAGAACAAGAACAAGAACAAGAACAAGAACAAGAAAUAUUCACACCCCUGGAAAUGCCCGAUGGCAGUACACGCUUCACCUCAAACUGGUUACCGGUUGACCCAUCCGGCGGAUUUACAAUUUGUCCUGAUCCGCUGGCUGGGGUUAUGGGGGAGGCGUUUGUGAGUGUUGGUAGUUGAGGCUCCUGAGGGGGUCAACACCGAUUGCCAUAUUUGUUUAAUCGGGAAAACUAAAUCAAAAUUAAAUCAAAUCAUGCCAUACAUACAUACAUAUAUACUACUGCUACUACUACUAUUACCUCGGGGAUUUUUAUUUUUGAUUUAAUUUAAAUUUCCCGUGGUGGUUUUUUGGUAUGCACUAUCCGCUAACUAGCUACUACUCCGUACGCUAUGCCGCUAUGUGCGCUACGCUACGUGACGCUUACGGGGACGCUAUCCUGUGGUGCAUUUGUGUGCUGUUGUGGUGUGUUGCGUUGUUCGGAGCUUGGCCGAGACAAUUUACUUCUUGUCUUCUAUUUCUAUUCCUGUCUCCGAUGGAUGGUGAUUGUAUCGUCUUUUGAAAGGAAUGAUUCUAUGUCUCCGGCUGGAAUGGAUGGAUGGAUGGAUGGAUGGAUGUGCUCAGGCAAGACGAGUUGAGAGAUCG